AUGUGUCUCUCUCGCAAACAGCAAUUCGAGCUGUCUGGUUCUUUCUUCCCCGUGUCUCGUCUAACUCAUCUGUAUUUAUGGACCCUCUCGUAUGCGCGAGGUGGGGACCAAGCUAGCACACUCAUAUUCAUAUCUAUUUAUCCAUCUCACUCUAUUCAUAUCUAUCUAUCUAUCUAUCUAUCUAUCUAUCUAUCUAUCUAUCUAUCUAUCUAUCUCACUUUAUUCAUAUCUAUCUCACUAUUCAUAGCUAUUUCACUGGUUAAUUUGUUUAUUAUUUACUUAAUAUGUUUACUCAUAUCUAUCUAUCUAUCUAUCUAUCUAUCUAUCUAUCUGUCUGCCUGCUUGUCUCAGGCCCUAGCUAUUUCUUUUAAAUUUUUAUUUUUCUUCCUUUUUUCGCCACGUGGUGCCUUCAGGACUCAGGCCUUGUUUUAUCUCUAUCUUCUCUCUCUCUCUCUCUCUCUCUCUCUCUCUCUAUCUAUCUAUCUACCUUCUUCUUUAUGUGCAGCAAUUUCUAAACAUUCUAUCACGUUCUCUAACCCUCUCUCUUUCUUUCUAUCUCUAGCGAAGCAACAAUUUCUAAAACAUCAUUCUAUCACGUUAUCUAACCUUCUCUUUCUCUCUUUUCAAUCGAUCUUUAUUUCUUACGUUCUCUAUUUCUCACCGUCUUUUUUUCUCCGUUUCUCUCUCUCUCUCGUUCUCUCGAUCACUAUUUCUCUGUUUCUUUCUCUCCCUCUUUUGAUUUCUCUUUUUCUCUAUCGCAUUUUUUCGCUUUCGAUUGCUCUGUCGAUAUUUUCUCUCUGUCUCCCUCUCUCUUAUUCUAUGUUCUUAUCUCUCGCUUUCCCUCUCUAUCAUUUUGACUGA